AUGGCCGAAGUAUUCGGCAUCGUCUCCGCUGGCGUGGGCAUCAUGGCUUUCAUAGGCCAGGUGUCUGCUACUCUCGAAAAGGUGAACGAUGCUCAUCAGUUUGUCAAGGGCAAGGCUGCUGAAGAGAUCGCGUCCUUACGAACCGAACUCCACCUCCUCCAGAUCAUACUGCAGACCUUGCAACCAGGAGAUGACAAUGACAUGGAUGUUCUUUUGACGGGCUAUCACUGGCAUCAGUUCAACACUAUACAAACAUCCUUGAGCAAGCUCUCUACAAAGCUGCACGAAAGACUUGAGUCUUCUUCGUCACUUCGCCGCCCAAGUUGGAGACUAGUCAGCAAGAAGGUCGAUCGACAACUGCGAGAAGAGAUAACAAAUACAAGCCUAAAGAUUCAGGCCUUAAUUCAGGUCAUGCUUUUGCACGCGUAA